AUGAAUACGGUAUUCGUCGCAUUUGUGGUGAUAGCUGUUUAUGGGCAAAUUGAAAAUUGUGUGGAUCAAAAAGAAAUAAAGUGUACACUAUGUAACGAAGGUUACUAUCCAGCUGAAGAUGGGUCACUUUGCUCACAAUGUGAAGAUACAAAUUGUAAAACGUGUACUGAUCUUAAAGUAUGUACUCUAUGCAAGGAACCGUUUUAUAAGAAUUGCACUGAUUUUACUUGUGUUACGAGUUGUACUGCAAAUAUUGGAUAUUACAAAAAGAGUGAAUCGAAUGAGUGUGAACGAUGUUCCGAAAGCUCCUGUACUAUUUGUGAGAACGAUCUUUGCUCAAAAUGUGAAAAUUAUCUUAAAGAAGAUACACUCACUUGCACAGACUGUUCUGGGGUUGGCGUCUACAAAACAACUAACGGUGAAAUACCCGUUUGUAAAGAAUGUUCCUCCAAUUGUUUACAUUGUCUGGACAACACCAAAUGUUUUCAUUGCAAUUCUGAAAAUUAUUUGAAUAUGGAGAGUUACCAAUGCCAAGACGGCUGCUCCGCAAGUGGGUUUUAUGACAGUACAAUAACAUCAUCAACAAAUAAAACAUGCUCAAAAUGUUCCAUUAAGUCGUGCGCCAUAUGUGUCAACGAUCAAUGCACUUCUUGUGAAAGUACACUGUUUUUAAAAGUCGAAGAUGACAUAACAGAGUGCGUUGAAAAUUGUGGAUCUGGGUAUUACAGCACAGUAGAAGAGGGUAUUUCAAAGUGUUUGCCGUGUUCUGACACCAAUUGUGAGACAUGUCCAACAAAUGGAGUGUGUACCCAUUGUAAGAGUCCUUUAUUACUGAAUGUAACAGACAAGAAAUGUGAAACUGUAUGUAAAGACUAUUAUUAUUCGACCAAUUUUGAGUGUCAGGAGUGUAGUGUUAAGUAUUGUACAACAUGUCCGAGUGAUGUUUGCAGUGUCUGUGAUUCAACACAUCCAUUUUUAAAUACGACGUCUUCUCCACCAUCAAAUUGUAUUGUAGAAUGUCCAACAGAAGGGUAUUACCAAUUAGAAUCAAAUAAGUGCAAAAAAUGCAAUGAUGGUCAUUGCAAUGAUUGCACAGAUAAUAACGGAGUGUGUAGAAAAUGUAUGACUGGAUAUUUUCUUGACGGUACUGAAUGCAAAUUAUGUUCAACUGAAAUCUUUGGAAGUCCAUGUGCGACUUGUUCACAAACAACAAAGCGAUGUGAAGUGUGUAUGGAAGGGUACUACCCGGAUGCCAAUGGCCAAUGUAAACCAUGUGCUGACAUAAAUUGUAUGAGUAAUAAGUGUGAUACGAAAACUGAACAGUGUUCACAAUGUGUCAGUGGGUAUUAUCUCAACACAAUGGGCGCGUGUGCCACAUGUAAAAGUAUCAAUUGUCUUAAUUCCAGUUGUUCACAAAUAGACAACACGUGUACCGAAUGUAUUAAUAACAACUUUUUAGAUGGUUCAACGUGUAAACCAUGUAAUGAAAUAAUUAAUGGAAAUUGUCUCACAUGUUCUUCUACAUCAAAUAAAUGCACAAAGUGUGAUAUAGGGUAUUAUCCAAAAAACAACUUCUGUCAAUCAUGUUCGUCGAUUCAUUGUCAAGACGACAACUGUAAUCAAGAAAACGGGAAGUGUUUAAAAUGUGUCAGUGGGUUUUAUCUUGAUAAAUUGAGUUCAACGUGUCAAUUGUGUAGUACUAUUCAUUGUGAAAAUGACAGUUGUUCAUCAGUUGAUAAUAUAUGUUCUAAGUGUGUACUUGGGUAUUACCCACUUAACGGUAUUUGUCAAACAUGUUCAUCUCUGAAGUGUGAAAAUAGUAGUUGUGAUCAAUCAAAUGGUAAAUGCAAACAAUGUGAAGCUGAAUAUUACUUAGAAGAAUCAACUAAUCGGUGUCACACAUGUGAAAGUAUGAAUUGCUCUGUUGACUCGUGUUUUAGAGACAAUUCAAAGUGUACAAAUUGUACCAAAAACAACUUUUUGAAUGAAACGAAGUGUUUUCCAUGUGAAAAUAUUAAAAAUGGGUAUUGCAAAACGUGUAAUCCAGUCGGUGCCAAUUGUUUGGAGUGUCAAGCAAAUCAUUUCCUUCAUAAUACAACACGUUUGUGUCAUAUAUGUUCUGAUAUACCCAACUGUAAUCAAUGCAGUCAAACACUUGAAAGAUGUACCACGUGUAAAAAUGACUCAUAUUCACUUGAUAAUUCUGGUCACUGUGUUGAAUGUUCUUUAAUGAAUCCCAAUUGUGAACUUUGCAAUCCAAAAUCCUAUGGAACGUGUUAUCUUUGUAAAGAAGGCUAUUAUCUUGACAAUAAUAAAUGUGUCAAAUGCAAAGAUAAUUGUGCUGGCUGUUCGAGUGCUACGAACUGCUUUGGAUGUGUGAGUGAUUCAUUCGUCUUAUUUGGAAAUGAGUGUAAAACAAAAAAAUGUGAUAACACGACUGAUAUGAAUGAUGUGACGUGUUCAUAUCAUUGUAAUAAUUUCACUUCUGUUAAACCCAAUUGCGAUUUGAGUGUCGAAGACUCUCUCAAAGGGUCUUGUCUAUACCACACUGAAUAUAAAACAGAAGAUAAAAUUGAAACAAAAUGUAUCCAAUGCCCAAUUGGACAGAAACUGUUUAAUAAUGUGUGUACUAUUAUAAUGGAUGUAGACUGUGCUGCUGACUCUGAGAUAUGCACUUCAAAUAUCACCAGUGGAGUCUUCCAAACAUCAAAUCGUGUGGUUAAAACAUGUGAGAGUGUCACAACAAAUGCUGGUGAAUGUGUUUAUAGUGGCAAUACAAUAGUCGUUACGGGGUGCAUUAAAGACUACAAACUGCAACCCAACGGAAACGACUUUGAAUGUGUUUUUGAAAUUGAAAGAUGUGAAAAGUAUCAACAUAAUAAUAAACAAAUGACAGUCGACGCAAACAGUUCAACACUUGAAUGUGUGAAAUGUCAUGAUGGAUAUUAUUUGGAUAAAGGAAUAUGUUCGCAAUGCCCUUCAGAAUGCCCAACGUGUUAUAAUAACACUGCAUGUAUGUUAUGUAACAAUGCUUCUCAUUACGUUGUUUAUAAUGAUGGGAAAUUGAUGUGUGUCAUUAAAGAAAGUUGUUAUGAUUACAACGAACUGAACAGAACAUGCAUUGAAUGUGGGAGUGGGUAUUACAAAGCAAGCAAUGGAGAAUGUAAACGAAAUACAAUUGAACGGUGUCUCAAACAGACUGAAUUAACGUGUUUGGAGUGUGAAGACAAUGCAUUUCUACGUAAUGGGAAGUGUUAUUCAUGUUCAAGUCCAUUAGACGAGAUCUGUUUCUCUGACUUUAUUGUUGAAUCUCCACAGUCGAAUACUUUUAAAACACUUUUUAUUAAACAAGAAAGUGCCAGUGAUACAUGUGAAGCGUAUUCUAAAAACGGAUGUGUUCGUUGUGUUGUUCAACACUAUUUGAAUGGUGAUGGGUUCUGUUCGAAGUGUUCUGAGAACUGUACGAGGUGCUUAAAUAGUGAGACCUGUGUGGAGUGUGAAGAAGGGUUUAAAGUGUCUGACAAUGUUUGUGUCAAACAAAACAACGCGAACUGCGACUUCUUUUCCGACAUCAAAGGUGGAUGUGUUAUUUGUUCGAGUGGGUAUUACUUGGAAGACAAAGAAUGUCAAAAAUGUCAGAAUGAAGGGUGUACCUGCAUUCAAGCGAGUGUGUGUACUGGUUGUAUUGCCAAUUAUUACAUGCCAAAUACCCUUUCCAUAUGUAAACCCUUUGAGGAAUUAACAAAUUGUAUCAUAAAAACUGAUCGAGGGUGCACACUAUGUAAUGAGAGUUACUACCUCUCUGAUGGCGAGUGUGAUCUUUGCAGUUCUGCUUGUAAAACGUGUAAAUCGAGUGCGGAAGAGUGUACUCAAUGCUCUCAAGAGUAUGUCAAAAAGUCGAUUUCAACUCGAUUUAGUUGUGUGCAUUACACAGAAGUGCCGAAGUGUCUUGGUGCGCAAGAAGGAUUGUGUUCUUCAUGUGAGAGUGGGUAUAAGCUGAGUGUUGAUGAGAUAUCAUGUGAAGAGAAGUCUUAUUUGGGUGCUAUUUUAGGGAGCACUCUUUCCGUUCUGUUUGUAAUAAUAGUAGUUGUCAUAAUACUGUUAAUAGUCUUCUUCUGGUUUGUCGAGAAGAAGCUUCAAAAGCAUCGGUUAACAACAGUGACACUCUUUAAGAUCAAAUACAGUAACUUGACAUUUGUUCCAUUGUCUGAUACUUCUCCAUUAGAAGUGAAUAAGCCAGAACUUCGUUUUGAUUUAGACGCUAGUAUGGUACCUGUUGGGAAAGAGUCUCGAGACUUGAUCUGUAUAGGGAACAUCAGUAAAUAUGAAAUGAAAGUGCAGUUCACAGUGAAAGAGAGUAAAGAGAAGUAUUCAUUACGGUAUAAUCCCGAGCUUGUAGCAUUAGAAGGAGGAUAUGCGUGUGAAAUAGAAUUAUUCAUCACCCCGCAUUGUACUUGUACUAUUGAAGAUACCAUUUCUGUUGUUUCCUUUAACAUGAAAACGGGAGAGGAAAUAGUCGAUCAAAUCAACUUGAAAGUAACGACAGAGAUUACUACUCAAUUGGACCCGGACGAAUUAAUAGAUGAAAAGAAACUUGGAGAAGGAUCUUUUGGAAUUGUAUAUAAAGGGAAGUAUAGAGGACACUCUGUUGCGAUUAAGAAGAUGAGAGGCUCUGCAGUGACUGAAGACCAACUGAAAGAGUUUGAGAAGGAAGUAGCGAUGUUGGACAAGUUCCGGUGUGAGUAUAUUGUCCACUUCUAUGGAGCUGUUACGAUACCAAAUAAAGUGUGUAUGGUCACUGAAUAUGCUGAAUAUGGGAGUUUACAAGACUUAAUUAAGAAACGCAUGAAAGAUCCGAUAGACAAGAAUAUGAGAAUUAAAAUACUGUUGGACGCGUCGAAGGGUGUGAAGUACUUGCAUGACAAUGAUAUGUUACAUCGAGACGUUAAACCGGAUAACAUUCUUGUGUUUUCAUUGGACAAACAUGUGAUGGUCUCCGGUAAAUUGACUGACUUUGGGAGUAGUAGAAACGUCAAUCUGAUGAUGACUAAUAUGACAUUCACUAAAGGUAUUGGAACCCCUUCUUAUAUGGCCCCAGAAGUUUUAAAUCGAGAAUACUAUAAACAACCGGCGGAUGUGUAUUCACUUGGAAUGACGAUAUACACCACUAUGUUGUGGAAAGAACCAUUCCCAAAAAUCUUAUUCCCAUAUGCAUGGUCUGUCGCUGACUUUGUAACAUCAGGACAGAUGCUUGGAAGAGAAGGAAUUGAUGAGGACGUGUAUGCAAUUAUUGUGGCGUGUUGGACGAAGUCCCCGAAAGAAAGAAUGCUAACAAAUGUACUUGUCAAGAAGCUGGGGGACUUGAUCGACAGAGUUAACUUUAAAACAAUCAAAAAGGUUGUUGGGACCAACAAUGAGAUGCGACAAACAUUGUUUAAUAAGAAAAUUGGAGGCCUUCGUGAUAAAACAGCAGAAGAGACUAAUACCAAAGAAGAUAUUGAUACACAACAAAAAGAACAAAUCAAUGUCAAAAACUCGUUGCAAAGCACAGACUGCGUCGAACUCCCUUUGGUCGAAACUCAAAUGGAAAAUACACCAGCUUUCAAAAAGUCAUCAAUUGGGAAGAAACUCUUGUGUGAUGGUUCGAUGGAAAGUAUACCAAAACAUGCUCAAGAGGCACUCGAAAGUACUUCUGAAGGGUCAUUAUCUUCAUUUGAAUAA